GUAGAAUUACGAUUUUUUUCCCCCUCGAAAAUGUUGAUGUAAUCUUCUUUUUAACAAGCAGCAGGUAAAACUUGGCUUCCGCAUCCGUUAAGUGUGUUUUCGCGGGUGAAGAAUUUUCCUUAACCUGCGUGUUUAUCAGCCUUUCGAGAAGCAUGUCUCUGCUGUCUGCGGUUCAGGACGCUAUCGAGACAUAUAAGGUCGAACAAGCCAAACUAAACCGCAGCAUUCAACUUUUCAAGGAAAUCUUAAACAGCCUGACACCACAAGCAGAGGAAGGCACUGAAGUAACACAUACAAAAGAAGAUGCUGCUGCAGAUGCAGAGUCCUCAAAAGCAGAGAGCGAAGAUAUAGAGCUGCUUGAGCGAGCACUGGAAAAAGCCCUCCGGAUCCGGACCUUCUCAGAGGUGUCUAAACAAAACUGCAGCAGAAGCAAGCUAUCUGCACCUCCUAAAGAAACAGAAAACAUACCAGCUCUACUCACAGUGACUAAAGAUGUUCAACCAACCAUCAAGUCAAUCAAAAAACCUGUCAGCCUUCAUAGGAAAAGGGACAAAAAGUCUAAUGUGUCACUUAGCUCAAAGCCUUCAGUGGUUCACAAACCAGGACAGUCCAAGAACCCAAUCCAGCGCCAUCCCUGCUUAGAGGCUGGGGCUGGAAAUCACCAGGCAGCUAGGAGAUUGCAGCAGGCUGUAUUGGCAGGAUCUGCCUCCCCUGAUCAGAUGACAGCCUUGCAGCCUAAAAACAAGACAGUCAGAAGCAAUCUGCAAAGAGACAAUGCCCAGAGCAAAGCCGUGCCUUCUUCAGUUAAUACAGUGUCCUUUUCAGGGACAGAUGGGUCUGGUGUUGACACUUUGCAUCAACAGAGUGGGGGACUUUCUGUACAAACUACAAAAUGGAAAUUGUUGAGGAGAAAACAAAACAGAUUGUGGGAGAAAGUGAUGACCCUACAGACGAAGCCUGAUCCUGGGAGGAGUCACUUCAUGCAGAGAAUGAGGGCUACGUUUCCUGAUAAUUGGCCGUGUGGCAGUCCGGAUGAGACCAGGUUUCUGCUCCACAGCAUAACUGACCAAGGACUCAGCCUAGCACAGCUCUAUCGGACCGAGGAGAUUCUCAUCAAGCAGCCACUAGAAACGGACGCUGAGCUCCUGGGUGAGGAGCAGAGCAAGUCCCCUUCCUGUCCUACACUUAAGCAGCUGCAGCUGACAGCAGCAAAACUCCACCUUUCUGCAGAUAAAGUGAAACAAGAGUGGAAAGCAUGGGAUCGAUGGAGGCCAGAAGGAGGCUGUCUUUGCCCGUCUGAGACAACUGGUGGGUUCAGAGAUGGGUCCUCUUCACCUCUGCCCAUCACCAUAACCUACAGAACGGAGCAGGAGCUCCAGCAGCUGGAAAGGCUGCGGAUGAGAGUGGCACUGCUGCAACAAGAGAUUUACCUUGAACAGGUGCUGUUGGACACUCUAUCCCCUCAUCUUUCUUCCAUCAGACCUGGACCUGGAUGUCCCAGCCCCAGUGUGCUCAGAGACUUAUACUCCCUGCUGGGGGAAGGAGGGCAGCGUUUCACUGCUAUUGUUCAGGACUCUGAGCAUGAAUGAUUCCUGAAAUUGUACCACUGGGAGUAAACAGUCAAAAGCUUAGCAACAGAAAAACUUACACAAGGAAUCAACAGCAGUGCAAUGAAAGGAGAAGAGUCACUCUAAUUAUUAGAAGAUCAAUUAAACCAAUUAAAAUGGGAGUAAAUCUUAUUAAAAUAUCCUUUGAAGUUUCCCUGGUGAACGAAAGUGCCUGAGCUCUUAUUGAUGAGCUUUCUGUUACGCAUCAGUGCUACACCUCUCCUCUGAUCAUACAACAGAUGACCUAGAGAUGAAACCAGGGUCCAGUUUCUUUUAAUGUGUCUGUAAGAGUUUAACGUCUUUCCUAAAGCAGAAACUACAAGACAUGUCAGCUCACAGAUGGUCUCCAUCUGUUCUUACUUGAGUUUGAGCCGUUUUGCAUUUGAUUUGUGAUGAACUGCAACAUAAAUUGAUUCUAAGGAUACUGAUUUAGGGGGGAUUAAUUAAAAUUGCAGAACUAGUUUUUAAUUAAUUAAGGUUUGACUUGCCAAAUAUCUGUAAAUCAUGUUUGGAUUUCUCUUUAUAUGCAUAAAUAAAUACUUAUGAAAUCCUCUGAAAGUUGUAAGCUGACUGAGAUAGAAUUUCAGAUUCAAAAGGUUUUAAUACUUUUAAGGCAUGUUAUGUAUUCCUCUGCAACAGCCAUCCCAAACAUUAGGUUUCAUGGAAACUUGUCAUAUCAAGA